AUGUCACGAGCAGCAUCCACCCUGUCAUUCAAGUUACAACAGCCACCUCCAUUAUUCUCAUUGUGGGAUAUUCAUCCCAUCACACCCUCAAUGACUUCAUUCUGGAUCAAUGAUCAGGAAAAUUUGGCAUCACCUUCCUCCUCGUCCAACCUGAUUAGCAACUCGUCGUUGGUCUCCAAGCUGGGAAAUCAACAGCAGCAGCAGCAACAGCAGCAGCAACAGCCUGCAUCAACUCACCAGGCAUUUGAGCCGAAAUUGGACAGACAGCAAGCAGUGUACAAGACAUGCGAGGCCAAAUUGAAGCGAAUGAUGAUGGAGGAUGAGAACUAUUCAUUUAUUUUGAAUCCUUGUUGCGACAAGAUUGAUUGCAAGUUCGUCAAGAAUGCCAUUAUGAAGGAUUCGAGAACUAGAAACGUGAGUAGGGAAAGCGUUACCGCAUCGAUGAUUUCCAUAGAUUCGGAACUCGAGGAAUAUUUACCACAUAGAGUAGUUGAUGAAGGUUUCAACUUGGCUCCAUUACGUACAAGUUCUGUUGAAAAGGGCAUACAGGUCCAGCCGGCUGAGACCAAUGAUGAGGAUACGCAUCUGAUUUAUAAGGAUUUACUUGAUGAGCUUAGUUCAUCCAUCACCAAGGCCAAUUUCCAAGGCCAAUUUGAAGAUAGACUUGCAAGGUUGAAACACAUUGUGAGGGGCAGAAGAAACCACAAAACUAAAGUCUAA